AGUACAGACAUGGAGGAUAAGCUCAGGCAACUGGAGUGUCUUUUUACAUGGGGAGUAAAACAAUCAGACAUAGCCGACCUGAACAGCAUUCUGCAAAAACUUCAUGACAGAAUCAGAUUUUGUCCACUGAAGUAUCAUGCAACAUAUUACAACCUUCUGGCUUUUAUCAGUCACCUGGAAGGUAAAACAGACACUGCACUGGACUAUCUUCAAAAGGCUGAAUCAGCAUUAAAGGAAGACCAGCGAAAGGAAACUGAGUACUUGGUAACAUUUUCCAGCUUUGCGUGGAUCCACUACUAUUUACAGAGGAUAAAUGACGCAGAAGAGUACUUGAACAAGGUGAAUGGUAUAUGCAAGGACAUACCGGGUUCAUCCGUUUACUCCUGUAGCUUGCCCAUAAUACAUGGUGAAAAGGCCUGGAGCUUUUUAAGACUAGGUCGAACAUUCUAUGAGCAAGCGAAAGAGAGCUUUUCUAAGGCUCUUAAAGAGGAACCAGAUAACGAAUUGUUUAAUGUUGGCUAUGCAAUAGUGCUUUACAGGUUACAUGGCAUGACCCAAGCAGAAGACCCUGGAAAAGUUAUAGCGCAGCUUAGGAAGGCUCUUAGCCUCGAGCCUGCAAACUCUGAGAUCAUGGUACUUUUGGCUCUGAAACUCCAGGGGUCAAAGAGACAGGAAGCUCAGAAUCUUAUAAAAGAGGCCCUCCGGUUGUCUCCCGAUGUUCCGCAGGUAACCAGUUAUGUGGCCAAAUACUUCAGGACAGAGGGCAACAUUGAAGAAUCACUGUCUGUCCUCAAGAGGGCAGUAGAGUUGGCCCCAAACUCUUCUUUCCUGCAUCAUCAAAUCGGCCUUUGCCAUAAACAGCAGCUUAUUCAAAUGUUUGAAGAGAAGAAACAUGGAAGUCGCAUUUCUGCUGCUCAGAAAGCCGCCAAAGUGUCUGAAUGCAUCCAGUACUUCUCAAAGGCUGUGGAGUUGAAGCCUAAUAAUAUUUAUGCCAAAGUUAAUUUAGCAGACGCCUUUGGGGAGAGCUGGCAACUUGGAGAGGCAGAGAUAAUCUUUUGCGAGUUGAUAGAUGACAACACUCUCAGUGAAUCUGAAAAACAGCACUGCCACACAAGCUACGGUUUGUUCUUGCUCUACAAGAAAAAGGAUGAAGACAAAGCAGUCAGUCAGUUCAAGCUAGCAUUCAGGAUUCCAGUCGACACCUAUGAAAGAAAGCAAGCUGGCAAGAAGCUCAAAAUGAUUGCUGAAAGGAAUCUCAACAACAAGAAGAAAGUCAAAGAAGCACUUGAAAUUUUGGCUUUAAUUUCUUCAGAAAAAGGGCAGGAGACGCAAGCAAAAAAGUAUCAGCAAAGAGCCCAGCAGCACUCCUCACAUACUGAUGAGCUGACCCAAGACUUUGCGAAGAGACUUGAAUUUUAA